AUGUUACCACCACCAAUUGUUACUAAACGAGCUAUUCAACAAACAACAACAUUACAUAAUAAUCAUACAAUAUUAAAUGGAAAUGAAAAACAAUUAAAUAUGAUUAAAGGAGAUACAACAAAUAUUAAUCAAACACCAUCUACUUAUUUAUUUGAUAAAGAAAUUGGUUUAAAUCCUUCAGAACAAUUAAAAAAAGAUAUGUUACUUGAAUUACAAGAUAUAAAUCGUCCAUGGACUUUAUGGUUUGUUCGAAUAAUUAAUAAUCAUAGUGGACGAUUACAUCUUCGAUAUAUUACUAAUACAACUGAGGAUGAAGAAGAAGAUUCUUCAUUAGAUAUUCAUAUAUUUUGUCUUGAUCGUCGUGUUCAUUUUAUUGGUUGGCAAUCAAAUAAUUCUUCAGUUUAUUUUUAUGAUAUUCCAACAUGUUUAAAAUUAAUAACAAUAGAUAAAGAAAAAUUAAUUGAUAUAUGUUUAAGUCAAUCAAAAAAACAAUUUCUAGCAUCAAAUUUAUUUAAAGAACAAGAAGAAAUAAUUAAACAUCGUUUUACUGAAGGAAUGAAAUUAGAAGUAUUUGAAUCAAAUAAACAAAAUAUUCAUAUUGGAAGAAUUGGUCAUAUACAUAAUGAUUAUUAUUUUGAUAUUAUUAUUGAUAAUGAUGAUGAUAAUAAUACUAAUGAAUUAUCAUUUAUUGGAUAUUCAACACAUCCACAUAUAUUACCAGCACAUUGGGCUGCUGAACAUAAACUUGCAUUAAUAAAUGGUGAAAAUAUUCGACAAACAAAAGAUUAUUGGAAUUUAUAUACAGAAAAAAAUGGUAUUGAAAAUUUAUAUACAGAAAAAAAUGGUAUUGAAAAUUUAGUACUUGAAAGAUGUUUUAAUUUAAUAACAUUAAAUGCUGCUGGAAAUAAUCGUGUUGAACCAGGAAUGAAAAUGGAAAUGAUAUAUACAUUAAAUAAUAAAGAUUAUGUUUUUUCUGUAACACUUAUUCAUAUUGCUGAUCAUCUUAUGUGGUUAAGAAUUGAUGAUACAAGUUUAUUUAAUGAUGAUAAAUUAUUUUAUCAUGUUUUACCAAUUAAUUCAUUAGAUGUUUUUCCUGUUGAAUGGGCAAAAUUUAAUGGAUUUGAUUUAAUAACACCUAUACAAUAUCAAACUAUUAUUAAAACAUACGAACAAAAUCGAUAUGAGUAA